AAAAAAACACACACACAGGAAAUGUAUUAUUUAAAAGUUGGCAGAUCAGUUAAUUUAUUAAACUUUUAUUUACAACCUCAUUCUUAAUAAACAAACGUGUUUUAGAACGAGCAUGUUGCAUGCUCGUGCGGGGUUAGGAGUCGCCCGGGUAGCUCGUGACAGAAGCUCCGAGUUCAAAAUCCAAAUGGAAGCGAAACCCGGCGAGCCAUCCGUGAUGAGAGCGACAAGCAAGGGGAGAGAUUGAAAAUGCGGAUGUCUCUUUGGAAAGAGAAAUGAGCGGAUCGAGAGAGCUGUGCGCUGACUGGAAGGAGAGCGAGAGAGAUGGAGGCGGGGGGAAGUCUCUCAGCUCUGCGGGGACUGGAGCGCCCGUGCCCUGGACCGGCGGCGCAGUGCUGGCUAACAUUCAACCCUCCCCUUGUUCCACAACCAGUUCCACACAAGCAGCGACAGUCUCUGAAGUCCCUGCUGCCAUUCGCCGCCAUACGGCUGCAAACGCCUCGCUUUCACCCCGUGUUCUUCGUCAGUCGAAAGUCGGGGUAAACAACACUUUUUUUACGUGAUUUGAAACGAUGAAUGGAGAAAUGGAUUCGUCUGCUAAAGACCCUGCUGCUGUUUGGCACCAGGAUGACAUGUUGAAGCUUUUGGAUGCCAUGAAGGUAAACCUGCCAGAAAAGGAUCUUUCCAAGUACAAGACCUCCGAGUCCCAUCUGGAUUGGGAGAAGGUGGCUUUCAACCCGUACUCUGCAGAGAUGUGCAAACAGAAAUGGCAGGAGGUUUCACGUGAGAUUCGCAAAUUUCGCACCCUUUCCGAGCUGAUCGUGGAUGCGCAGGACUACGUCAAAAAUCCCUAUAAAGGGAAGAAACUGAAGAAACACCCAGACUUCCCCAAGAAGCCACUGACACCGUACUUUCGCUUCUUCAUGGAAAAGCGCGCCAAGUAUGCAAAACUACAUCCAGAGAUGAGCAACCUAGAUCUAACAAAAAUCCUAUCCAAAAAAUACAAAGAGCUCCCAGAGCGGAAAAAAGAUAAAUAUGUUAAAGAUUUUCUCAGAGAAAAAGAGUCGUUCACGCAGAACAUGACAAAGUUCAAGGAAGACCAUCCAGACCUUGUGGAGAACGUUAACAAGAAGUCUAAUGUCCCAGAGAAGCCCAGGACACCCCAACAGCUGUGGUAUUGCCAUGAAAAGAAAGCAUUUCUCAAAGCACACCCAGAUGCGACCACCAAAGACAUCAAGGACAAUCUUGGGAAGCAGUGGCCGCAGCUCUCAGACAAGAAGAGGAUAAAGUGGAUCAAAAAAUCACUGGAACAGCUUAAACUAUACGAGGAGAAGAUGCGCGAGUUAAUCCAGCAACAUCCAGAGAUGAACCUUACAGAGGAAGACAUUGUAAAAUCCACUCUCACCAAAGCAGAGAGACAGCUCAAGGACAAGUUUGAUGGGCGACCAGACAAACCCCCAUCUAAUGGUUACUCGAUGUUCUGUGCUGAGCUGAUGUCCAAUAUGAAAGACGUUCCCAGUACAGAACGUAUGGUCAUGUGCAGCCAACGCUGGAAACUACUCAAACAAAACGAGAAAGAUGCUUACCAAAAACGCUGUGAACAGAGAAAGAAAGACUACGAAGUCGAGAUGAAUCGCUACUUAUUGAGUAUCUCAGAAGAGGAACAGCAAAGAAUACUGUCCGAACAGAAGAUGGGAAGCUUUAAAAGGGGCGCUAGCCCCGCAUCCAAAAAGAAGAACUCAAAGGCAAAGUCCAGCCCGGAGAAGCCCAAGCCCCCGGUGUCGGCAAUGUUCAUUUUUUCAGAAGAGAAGCGCCCAAAACUUCAUCAGGAAAAGCCUGAACUAUCUGACAUGGAGCUCACGAGACUGCUGGCCCGCAUGUGGAACGAGCUUUCUGACAAAAAGAAGGAGAAGUAUAAAAAUCUGGAGAUGACGUUAAAGGCAAACUCAGAGAAGCAGCUCAAAGAUGAUAAAGGGAAACUACCAGAAACACCCAAAACGGCUCAGGAAAUCUGGCAACAGAGUGUCAUUGGAGACUAUCUCGCCCGAUUCAAGGGUGAUCGAACAAAAGCCCAGAAGACCAUGGAGGCAACGUGGAACACCAUGGAGAAGAAAGAGAAGAUUGUCUGGAUCAAGAAGGCUGCUGAAGACCAAAAGAGAUAUGAGAGAGAACUAAGUGAGAUGCGAUCCCCUGCUCCAGUCAUCACACCAGGAAAGAAAAUGAAAUUUGAUGGGGAACCGAAAAAACCGCCCUCAAAUGGUUAUCAGAAGUUCUCUCAGGAGAUGCUGUCCAAUGGCGAACUCAACCAUCUUCCUAUGAAAGAGCGAAUGGGUGAGAUUGGGGGCCGUUGGCAGCGACUUUCUCAGAAAGACAAAGAUCGAUACAAGAAGAUGGCGGAGGAGAAACAGAGGCAGUACAAAGUGCUGCUGGAGCAGUGGCUCGCGAGUAUAUCAUCACAAGAGAGAGCUGCAUAUAAAGAAUACAAUUCUCUGAAAAGGAGGAGUACAGCAAAACCAGGUGGCACCGCUGCUAAAGUUAAAGCCAAAGCUCAACGAUCGAAAAAGGUGGAGGAAGAGGAGGAGGAGGACGACGACGAGGAUGAUGAAGACAAGGAUGAAGAUGACGACGAAGAGGAGAAGGAAUCUGAUGAAGGAUCAUCGUCUGGAGAUGACAGUGACGAUGAUGAUGACGACGACGACGAAGACGGUGACGAUAAUAACGAGGAAGAUGUGGAGGACGAAGAGGUGGAGGAUAAAGAGAAUAAAUCGGAAAGCAGCAGCAGUGCCUCCAGCUCUGACGAUUCAUCGGGUUCGGAUUCAGACUGAGCCAGAGCCGAGUCAGGCUGAGCCCACAGACUGCCAGAAAUGCUGUUGAUCUGAGCCAUGAACCCAAUGGUCUGAGCCUGCUCUUGCACUGCGCUCGUUUCACCACCAGAGGGAGCUCACCCCACUGUAACACAUCUACUACACCCUCCCGCUUCACCCACAGUCUUUACCCCUGCUUCUGUUCCAUCCGUUUCCCAGACUUCUGGGUUUUAUUUGUUCCUCACUCUCUGAAUUUGCUUGGCAAGGCAGUUUAGGAGAAUGAAAUGUGCACAAGGAUGUAUAUUCGAAAUUCCUCCUGCAGAUCAGAGAAAAGGGUGUAGAGCUCUGCUAUUGGCUUAUGAGGCAUUAUUAAGGUGCACCAUGUUUAUCAUUUACAUGUUUUACUAUUUCAAAGCAGAACAUAGAAGCACCAGGCGCCAUUUUUUUUUCAUAAAGGAGCCAAAGAAUCUUAGUUCGCAUAUUAUUUUGGGAGGUACAGGGGACCAAAUAAUUGCACUCGAAAGAACGUUUGCUCUCUUUCUCCAUCUGUACCUCCUUUUUGUUUUUGUUUUCUAUUAGCAUCGCUCCUCUGCAGGCUCCUCUUUUAUUUGCUUUGCUUCGGUUCAAAAAUGUGGUAUUUUCAGGAACAUUAAAGCCAUUUUGAUUGUUGCCGCAUGGACCCCUCCGCACCUGAGGCGGUGUUAAAGGUGAAAACAGACUAUUUUCGUCCUGCUAUAGGAACGUUGCCCAUAGCUGUUUUGCAAUGUGGUUGUGACGUAGUCACAGAACAGCGAUGUAUUUGAGUUAGCUGUUCAUGUUACAUGAUAGUUCAUAAGUUAAUUGUUCAUAAGUUCUUUCUGAAAUAGCUUUUUUUCACAGACUGGGCACCAAAAGUUUUUCCCUACUAUUUGUUAUUUUAAAGAUGAUUUCUUGUUCUUUUCAACCACUGUUUUACUUGGUGCUCAAAAAACUGUUUCCUUUUUAAAACUUAAUUGAGAUCUGUUUUAAAUAUGAUGGAUUUGAGCUACCCCACAAUUCAGUGCACUUACGACGGAACCCCAGGCUCGCGAAUCCAGUGUUGUUUUAAGAUUAUUUUUACAUUUCAUCCAUCACCCCAUAGCUUCAAGGGUUUUUUACGCACCAGCUCAAGGAAUGUAAUGGAGAUGUUUUAUUUAAAAGGGGAUAUCAUUAUUUGUUGUGUGUUUAUGUAUAUAUGAACAGUUUUGAGUGCGACUGGUACAUUCUCUUAUUCCAAUGCCUUGACCAGACAUUGCAACUAAUUUUGAUAUGAGCUACAUAUAAUUAUUCUCAGUAUUUCUACAGAGCCUCCAAAGUGAUGCAAACAGUAAAGUAACUUUUCAAACUUAAUUGGGCAUUUGCAAAAAUAUACUUUAAAAAAAUCAGGACAAGCUAAUGAAUUUUUAUUUUGGAUGAGAAGUCAUCAUUUGACAACUUUUAGGCAUUUCAUGGCUAGUGCCCAAUAUGAAGUUCUGUGUGAUGCAGAAUGUUAUUGACUCGGUUUGGUAAAGCAAUCGAUGGGCUGGAAUAGGAGACAAUCCAGUUGAACUAUCAAAAUGUGUUAUUUUAUUGGAUUUUGAGAUCUGCAUAUAGACCUGGGUUGCGUUCAGUGCUAUUGUAAGGUAUUUGUAAAUAUGGCUUUAUUUUUUUCCCUUUGUAUUGAGUGAAUUGUUUUUUCAGUUGGCUAAACAAUUUACGGUUUAGUUAAAAUGAGUUGUUUGUCAGUUGGGGAAGUUUUUAAUUUGGUAUGUUUUAGUUUUUACCCUCCCCAUCUUUGUUUAUUUGUAGAAAUGGCAAAAAAGAACAUCUUAAAUUUGUACUACAGAUUUGAAAAAUUUGGACAUUUUCUAUAGCAAGAAAUGUUAUAUCCCUGCUAUUUACAAUUUGGGCAAAUAAACCUCUUAAACCGUU